UGUCAAUGAGUCGCAUAGCGCCACGGGAGCUGGAAAGUAACUUGACUUUAUCGGCAUUGUGUUGUAUCAUUAUUUGAUUUAGACGUUGUUUUUGCUGGUUUUGUCAAUGACUUUCUGAGUAAAUAUUUGGAGUUUCGUUGAACGAUUGUAAACAUGUUUUUGCGGCCGCACAUUACGGACAAAGUGAAGAUGAAGCUAUGUCGCUUUUAGAUUCUUCGAGCGCUAUUAUCAUGCGGUCCGAGAGAGUUUAUAAAGUUCAGCGGAACGAUUUUGACAUAUUCAAAGACUACAGAUAAACAAAAGCUUUAAAUUGUAAUAGAUUAUUCUAUUUACACAUUUGGAUACCGUAUGCAACACAAUAUAUAGGCUAUAUUUCAAGUGGACUUGGACCUGUCAGCGAAGAUGGGGACACAUAACUGUGUUAUGCUGUUGGUGCUUGCAAUCGUCUGUAUCUCCCAAGGGUCUCGAGCUCGUUUUGAAGACUCUCCGCCCCGCAUCGUGGAGCAUCCCUCCGACCUGGUCGUGUCCAAGGGGGAGCCGGCCACCCUCAACUGCAAGGCGGAGGGUCGGCCCACCCCCACGGUGGAGUGGUACAAGGACGGGGAGCGGGUGGAGACGGACAAAGACGACCCUCGCUCUCACCGCAUGCUGCUGCCCAGCGGCUCCCUCUUCUUCCUGCGCAUCGUCCACGGACGACGCAGCAAGCCAGACGAGGGUGUGUACACCUGUGUGGCACGCAACUACCUGGGAGAAGCUGUCAGUCAUAACGCAUCACUGGAAGUUGCCGUCCUGAGGGAUGACUUCAGGCAGGCCCCCAGUGACGUGGUGGUGGCGGCUGGGGAACCCGCCGUGCUGGAGUGCAUUCCCCCGCGUGGACACCCUGAGCCCAACGUCUCCUGGAAGAGGAACAACGUCCGCCUCGGCACCAAGGACGAACGUAUCUCUAUGCGUGGGGGCAAGCUGAUGAUCUCUCACACCAGGAAGACUGACGCUGGCAUGUAUGUGUGUGUUGGCACCAACAUGGUAGGCGAGAGAGACAGCGACCCCGCAGAGCUUGUGGUGUAUGAACGUCCUGUGCUGUUGCGUAGGCCCGUGAACCAGGUUGUGAUGGAAGACGAGAGCGUGGACUUCCUGUGUGAGGUGCAUGGAGAUCCCGCCCCCACAGUGAGAUGGCGCAGAGAGGAGGGAGAACUACCCCGAGGGAGAUUUGAGAUCCGUAACGACAACAGCCUGCAUCUGGUCCGCGUGAGAGAGGAGGAUGAGGGGACCUACACCUGCAUGUCUGAGAACAGCGUGGGCAAGACCGAGGCCUCGGCCAUCCUGCAGGUCCAUGUACCACCACAGAUCGCCAUCCGGCCCCGGGACCAGAUUGCAGCUCAGGGUCGCAGUGUAACCUUCCGCUGUGGGACUACAGGGAACCCUCUGCCAGCCAUCUUCUGGCAGAAAGAGGGAAGCCAGAUGUUACUGUUCCCCGGCCAGCCGCCCUCCCAGUCUGGCCGCUACUCUGUGUCGAUGAGUGGGGAACUGACCAUCACUGAUGUCCAUUCAGAGGACUCAGGACGCUACAUCUGCCAGGCCAUCAGUGUGGCUGGAAGUGUGCUGACAAAGGCCUUGCUGGAGGUGGAGGGGGGUCCUUCAGGGCGGCUUCCACCUAUUAUCCGUCAAGGCCCAACCAAUCAGACUUUGUCUCUGGGGUCAGUUGCACAACUGCAGUGUAAUGUGAUAGGUGGGUCUUCGCUCAGGGUUUCGUGGGAAAAGGACGGGCAGAGGAUUAUAGGAGAGGACCCCCGUGUGACAGUGAUGGAGAACGGCACAUUGCACAUCACUAAGCUAAAGGAUACGGACUCGGGGACGUACACGUGUGUGGUGUCCAGUGCUGCUGGAGAAUCAAGCUGGAGAGGGACACUGACGAUCAGAGAUAAUGGAGGUCCUUCGGUCUAUCGGGCGUCUGAGUCAAUCCAGUUACCGGGACCUCCCCAGAAACCUGUGGUGACGGAGGUGACCGAGAACACCGUCACCCUCACCUGGCAGUCCAACCCCCACGAGGGCGGAGAUGCUGUCACCUCCUACAUCAUCGAGGCCUUCAGCCAAUCAGUGGGAAGUGUUUGGCAGACGGUGGCCGACCACGUGAAGCAAGAGAAGCACACCGUCACCAGCCUGUACCCCAACACUGUCUACCUGUUCAUCGUCCGAGCAGUCAACUCCUAUGGACUGAGUGACCCCAGCCCCAUCUCUGAGCCUGUCAGGACACAGGAUGGGAGUCCCAUGGAGCAGGGCAUGGACCACAGACAGGUGCAGAGGGAACUGGGAGAGGUGUCCGUCCACCUGCAAAAACCCAUCGUACUGUCCCCCACCAGUGCCAGGAUCUCCUGGACUGUGGGCCGUCUAUCUCAGUUUGUCCAAGGAUACAGAAUAUUGUACCGUACCAUUGGCAGCGCCUGGUUGGUCCAGGAUGUGGAAGCCACACCCGAGCAUAGCGCCGUCCUAUCAGAUCUCCGUAUAGACACGGAGUAUGAGGUCAAGAUCCGCCCCUUCUUCAAUGAGCUGCAAGGACUGGAUAGUCCUAUGGUACUGCUGCAUAUGCCUGAAGAGGUUCCGAGUGAACCCCCACAAGCUGUGUCAGUGGUUCAGCUCACAAACAGCUCCAGCAUCAGUGUAUCCUGGGAGCCUCCCCCCCACAACCAUCAGAGUGGUACAGUCCUGGAGUACAAGGUGUGGUGUCUGAGCAGAGAGGGGGAAACGGAGAGCCAGAUCAACAGGACAGUGGACGGAGCAGUUCUGUCCAUCCUGCUGACCGGGCUGUUGCCUGACGUCCAGUACAGUGUGUUGGUGGCGGCCAUCACCAUCCUGGGAGUGGGAGCACACAGCCCGCCUGUCCAUCUGCUUCUCAACCCGUCAUUGGAGGGCCCUUCAGGCCUCUCGCCGAAGGACGGCAGCCCCAGCCUAUCAGAGCAGAUCACGGGCGUUGUCAGUCAGCCGGCCUUCAUCGCGGGGCUGGGCGUGGCAUCGUGGAUGGUGCUCAUGGGCUUCAGUGGUUGGCUGUACUGUCGUCAUCGAAGGAGGAAGCAGCUAGGACACUACACCACCUCCUUCGCUUACACACCCGCAGUGGGAUUUUCUCAUGGUGAAGGAUCUGGUUUGAUAAAUGGAAGGCCUGGGAUACUGGGCUCCAACAUGGGGAAUUAUCCCUGGCUGGCUGACUCGUGGCCUGCUCCUAGCUUAACACCCAACAACAAAGACACAGUCAACUGCUGCUCUGGAAAGCUGGACUCCGCAGACAGAUACUACAAUGUUGGAAUCUCCAAUUACUUGAACCAAUCAGAGAAGUACAACUCAGCACCCAACGACAGCCCCAUCUACAGCACCAUCAACACCACAGUGGACGAGGACCUGCAGUGUCUGCCCUACUAUGACACCUACUCCAGCAUGCCCUACACCCAGGGGCCAGACCCUUACACCAGCAGCCCCAUCCUGGCCAACACAGGCCUGAGUCUGGAGCAGGACCUGGACCAGUGGACCCUCCAGUCUGGACACUCUGGAUCCGACUACGCCAAGCUCCAGUACCCAAAGACAAGCAAUGCCAGGCUGGUUCAGCAGAGAUCUAUUGGGCCUCCAUCCAAGCCUCUCAACUGGGAAGAUGUGCUGUCUCUUCCACUGCCUUCCAGUAAGGAGAUGAGUCAUACCAAGAGAGACAUGGAUGAGAGGAGGCCAAGCUCUGACGAGGAGGAAUGGUGCCCCCCCCUGCCAGCCAGGACGUACCUGAUGGAAAGUUCCAGGGAGGAGCUCGCCAGCCUGGCUUCUGGAGGGGAGGAACUGAGCCAAACCCCUCCCUACAGCCUGCAGUCCACAGCCACACUCCCCCCUCCCUCACCUCAAGAAGAGACAUGCCCCCACGCCGACAUGAGGCUGCAGCACUUUGAUCUGCUGGCACGCUAUAGAUCAGCCUCCCAGGUGACCCAGUCCAACCCAAACUUGUUUGCCAAUAAGGAGGCUCAUGAAGGCGUUCUGCCUCACCACACCAACCAAUGGGAUGAUGCUUUCCAAGGGCAUGGCAUUGCUUCAGACAGCAGUGGCAGAGAACAAUCUUCUCCCACUGAGCCGGCGGUGUCACACGGCCACAGAACCAGGAUCAAGAAGAGAGCCCCUCAGGACAGUCAGCACAGGAGAGAGCAGCAGCACAACCAAGCAGACCUGCCUCCUCCGCCAGCCCCGCCACCGUCAGACGGCUCGCUGCAGCUUCUGGAAGAGUCUCUGGGCAGCAGCAGGAGGUUUGCGGACAGAGAUAAGAGAGAGGGGGGCCUGCCCGCCAUGCAGAGGAAGGGGGAGUUCUUCUCGCCCCAGAAGAGAGGGGCGGCCAAGUGGUUGUCACAUGAUACAGAUGUAAUCCAGUGCUGCCAGUCCAGCUUCCUCCCCAGGGGCCAGCUGUCAGGCUACGGGUCCCUUGGAAGAGGGGCUUCUCCACGGGCCUCCUCAGGGCCCAGAGCCCCUGGAGCGGCGCGGAGAAGGGACGAGAACCUCAUAUAGAUGGAGGCAAAUGACGUGACACGACAGUCUCUCCUUCUUCUCCUUCCUCCCACUUCACUGAUCAUCAGCCUGUUGCCAUGGUAUCAAAGAACAACUGAAGAUGAAGCAUUAAGGCCUGACACCUGCCUUUUCAUUAUUGUUUUAAUGUUGCCUCAUGUUGGUUUUCAUGUUUUUUUUCUCUAUUUAAUUAUUUAUUCAUUAUUUAUGUGACAUUUGCCCUUCGUCAAUAUGUACAUAGACGUCUUUGAUAACUUUUUAUUGAUAUGAUCUACAUUAAAGAGAAUAUUGUAUUUUGAGAAAACAAAAAUGCCAUUGAUGAGUCCGUAUUAUUCUGAAGAUAUUCGAAUGUACCUUAUGUUUACAUGUUAACCCCAAAACCAUGAUAAUGUUUGUUUGACGCGAGACAAGAAAAUAUAUAAAGCAGAUGAGUUAACAAGACCUUUUGAGUUACACGUGUGUGUGUGUGCGUGCACAUAAUGUACGUAUGUGUGUGUGUGUUGGUUUACAGUUUCUCUCUCUGUAAUUGUGGAGUCAGCUUCCUGCUUAUUCUGUACCAAAGGUGUGUGAACCAGUACCCUUGUUAAACAUCCUUUCAUUUAUUCUGCCAUGAUUUUGUAAAAAGAUCAAUAAAACAUUUGUUACUC